AGAACGGUCGCACGCGGCUGCCCAACAGCCUGAGUGCAAUAUUGCCGCGCCCAUGCACAUGCGCGAAGUCUUGUUCAAGAGUCUCAUACUAAGAUCGUCCAUUCGGUACGGCGUCCGCAACUGCCAACCCUGCUCAAGAUGGUUCGGGCCAAGGGAUCCGGGACCAGGCCCAUUGACAUCAGCACAACCAGGCGCUGUUCUGCCACGAAUGCCGCUGGGGACAAGCGGUCAAGUAGGGCGGGUGACCAGCUCGAGCUAUACACAAGGUGGCAGAGAUCCGGGCACCUUGUGAGCAAAUGCCACGCAGCCUUCUGGACAGUGGAUCACCUCGUCUCCCGUCGCAAACGCUGCCGCUCAGACUGGAUCUAGUCGAUAAUAUAUAUACCGUACUCCUGAACAAGGGCCCUCAGUCGGUCUAUACUGUGACAGUCUCCUUUCGCUGCCCUGCAUGACUUUCAACACCUCUGUCGACACCGUCCGAAUCCUGGACAUCCACCCUCGUAGUGUACCUACCCCAGGCUCCUCUAUUCGCGACCAGGUCAUUUCUGGUCUCAUGAAACCUGCUGGGCAUAAAACCUUACCUAACAUCCUUCUAUACGACGAGCGUGGCCUCCAUCUCUACGAUGAACUCACCUCCGACGCCGCGGAAUACUAUCUCUUCGCUGCGGAGAAGGAGAUUCUCCAAAGCAAAGCAGCCGAGAUCGUGAAGGCCAUGCAACCAGGUAUGCAUGAUGGUGCACUUGUGGACGGAGUCAUAGUGGAGUUAGGCGCAGGUGCUCUUAGGAAGACAUCUCUGAUCUUGGGUGCACUUGCUCGCCUCGUACCCUGCCCGUCGCCUAUCCCACCCAUAAGCUAUUACGCUUUGGAUCUGGAGAAGCGCGAGCUUGAACGCACGCUCCGGGGACUCGGCCUCUCUGAGGUCGGUACCGAACUCCAAGGCAAGAUCGCGACUGCAGGGCUGUGGGGCACAUACAAUGAUGGCCUUCAGUUUAUCACAGAAGGGAGGCUCAGAGAUGAGGACGUCGGCGUGGGGGUGUCCGGUGAUGGAAUUGAGGGAACCGAAGCCAUCGGUCCCCCUACGCUCAGCUCUCAGCAGCCUCUCCACAUUCUCUUCCUUGGUUCUUCACUGGGCAACUUCACACGGGAGGAUGCUGCCGGUUUCCUGAGGUCCCUCCCACUACGUUCCAGCAGUCACGACACGCUACUGCUGGGUAUGGACCACGGGAAUGACGCGCAGAAGAUCAGGAUGGCAUACAACGAUACGAACGGCGUCUCAAGGCGAUUCGUUAUGAAUGGUCUAAGGUGCGCAGGUCGUGUGCUCGGCGAGGAACGCUUGUUCGAUCAAGAAAAGUGGGAGUACGUCGGGACAUACAAUGAGCAGCUGCGUAAGCGGGCGUACUACAAGUCGGGAAGUGAUCAGACAAUCAUAGAUCCGGAGACAAAGGCGACCUUCCCAUUCGUCAAGGAUGAACUCAUUCGCGUGGCAUUUUCGCACAAGUUCUCUGAGCAAGAUACGUAUACAUUGUUCACAGAGGCGAACUUGCACCCGGUACAUCGCUGGACUGAUAGUUCGUCCCAAUAUUCUCUUUGGCUUCUCCAGCGCCAGAUAGCUCCGAAAGUGUCGAAAUAA